UACGCCACCGCGGAACUUGUUGCGAUUUUUGAUUUUUUUUUUCUCUCUCAUCUCUCUCUUCCCCGCCCCUUUUCUCGACGACCGUCCGCUACGGCGACCGCGCACCGCCGCCGCCGCCGCCGCUCGCUCUCCGAUCCGGUCAAUCGCGGGCGCCUUAUCAGCACGCCGAAACGCCGCCGUUUCGUUUCGUUCAUCGUCGAGUGCGGUUGCGUUUAGCUCUCGCGUUUUCCUGCCGUCUCCUCGUCGGCACCCAACGGUCGAAUCAAUUGACUUCGCUCACUGCUUUCUGCCGCCGUAUCUAAAACAAAGUUAAAAAGGACCAAUUUUCAAAAGCAUUUAAAAUAAAAUGCGGGAAUACAAAAUAGUUGUUUUGGGUAGUGGCGGAGUUGGUAAAUCUGCAUUGACUGUGCAAUUUGUGCAAGGUAUAUUUGUUGAAAAGUAUGAUCCAACAAUAGAAGACAGUUACCGUAAACAAGUUGAAGUUGAUGGACAACAAUGUAUGCUUGAAAUACUUGACACUGCUGGAACAGAACAAUUUACAGCAAUGAGAGAUUUAUAUAUGAAAAACGGACAAGGAUUUGUUCUUGUAUACUCUAUUACAGCACAAUCAACAUUUAAUGAUUUACAAGAUUUAAGGGAACAAAUAUUAAGAGUUAAGGAUACUGAUGAUGUCCCAAUGGUAUUAGUGGGAAACAAGUGUGAUUUAGAAGAAGAAAGAGUAGUUGGUAAAGAACAUGGUGUAAAUCUUGCUCGUCAAUUUAAUUGUGCUUUCAUGGAAACUUCUGCUAAAGCAAAAAUAAAUGUCAUUGAUAUAUUUUACGACUUAGUGAGACAGAUAAACAAAAAAAGUCCUGAAAAAAAACAGAAACAGAAAAAGAAGUCCCUGUGCGCUCUUCUUUAAGUAGCUUUAUGAUGAAACAACAAUCAAUGUCAACAAUCCACGUAGAGAAAAAUAAAUAUUUAACAAUGUGGUAAAAAUAUUGUUUUAUGAGUCAAUGCUGAAUUUGUUAUUGCUUACUAAUUUUUAUCUUAAAUGGCUAAAUCGACUUUCCAAAUUGCUUUUGUACUUUUUUUUUUUUUUUAAUUUAUAAGUACCUAAUUAUUAUUAUUAUUUUAUUGUUCAUUAUUGGAUAUCGCCAAAUAUUGUAUUUUUUUUCUGAAGCCUGGAUCUUUGUAAAUACCAUUAAUUAUUAAAUACUUGCACAAGUUAACAACAAUGUGUACUUGACCGUUUUUAUUUGUAAAUCUAACGUGUCAAUAAUUCCUUAUUUUUCUAAGUGCAUUUUUAAAACAUUACUUUUUUUUCUAUUUUUGAAAUGUAAUUAAAUUAAAUUGUCGAUAGUUUUAUUCUUAUUACAGUUUUCCAUAAAAGUGCCAACAUAUAGUUAAAUGUAUAUUUCAUCAAUAAAUAUGAUUUCUCUACUUAAAA